CUCUGCGUAGUCAGCGUAGUCAGUAUCCUAUCAGCCACGAACGGAAGACAUAAUGGAGUGUCCAUGCACGACUAAAGCACACUCAGAGGAAGCGCUGAAAGCAACCCAACAAGACCAGCAGCAACAGGCCGACAAUCCACAGACAGCCGGCACACCUCCGUCCAUUAUGAAGCUCCAGAACAGCUUCCAUCGCCGCAGUCUGCCUCCGAGCUGCAUCGCCUUCUCCAGUCCGGAAGGUCGUACGCUCUUCACUGAAGCCAUCAACAGCAGCACAAACUACAUGCAAAUCUACUUCCCGUUGGCUGAGCAGUUCACCACGCAGGCUGAACCCGCGUACUGCGGCUUGUCCACCUUGGCUAUGUGUCUUAACGCGCUUCAGAUCGACCCUGGUAGACUGUGGAAAGGACCGUGGAGAUGGUUUAGUGAAGAACUCUUCGACUGCUGCACGUCUCUUAGUGUGGCUAAGGAGAGAGGCAUCAGUAUGACGGAAUUCAUUUGUUUGGCACGCUGCAACGGCGUACUGACAGAGGAUUACCGAGCUACGAGUGACUUUACGCUGAAACAGUUCAGGGAAAUCGUCAAGCACAGCUGCUCUACGAGCUCAGAGAUCGUAGUGCUGAACUACAGUCGCAAGGUGCUCGGACAGACCGGAGACGGCCACUUCUCACCUAUUGGAGGAUACCAUGCCGAGAGGGAUAUGGUAUUGCUGAUGGAUGUUGCGAGGUUCAAGUACCCACCUCAUUGGGUCAAGCUCUCGCGCGUGUUCGAAGCUAUGAGAUUAGUGGUCAAGGCGAUGAACAAGCCGCGUGGUCUAGUGAUUCUUAAAGCAGCACCUGCAGCUGAACACUUCCACCUUGGAGAACAAAUGGGGGCACCUGUGGCGCCGGCUCCACAGCCGUGUUGCUACAGCAUGUCAGCCGUACAGGCGGCACGACGAAAGACGGAUCACACUGCUACGAUGCAGCAUUAAAAUUCGACGGACGACUGGGACCCUCGACAGUCCUGGUUAAGGUCGACUCCAACUUUCCACCCCUUAAUUAUUGCAGGCCAACCUGCUUACCCUCAAAGUUACAGGGUCCUUGUGUGGAUUUUCAGAUCCACAAAUGCGAUGACCCAGGUGAAAUAUCGUACAUGGUACGUCGACUCGCACAAAGUUCAUUUAUGAAGUUUGAGUAGUUUUUUUUUGUCAAGUUGCUUUCGAGUAAAUUUACUCUACUAUAACAGAAUUUCUUAGCGUGAUCAGUAAAAAAGAUAACAAUUGAGUGAAGAUCCCACACUUAAGUCCGAUGUGCAAUUUCAAAGCU